AAAGGAGAAAGAAGGACACGUCAAACGUCCGCGUGGACAUGAUAGUUAAAAAGUCAAUGUAUGUAGAUAAUAAUUACACAUUGUACAUAUAAGUCUAUCUCUCUCAGGAUCGUGCUCGUGAUCCACAUAAUAAAAUAAAAUAAAAUAAAAAAAGCGAAUGAAUUUUAGUGAGAGGAAAAUAAAAUAGUGACGUGCUUCUGUAACCCGCUUCACCACCUCUUGACACCGUGAUACCCUUCAGUUCCCUCACCCCAAUAAAUGGAAAUAUGUCUACUUUCUCGUAAACUUUGUUCUGCUAUUUAAUUCCACCCAGAUUGUAUUAUCAAAAACCUAUUAAAUCACUUACUAUUGUUCUACAAUCAUUUUUAUUAGUUUUAAAUAUUAAUAACAGUGUUACGUAAUUGGUAAACAAAUAAAAUAUUUAAAAAUAAUGCGUUUAAGCGCAUUUAAAGUUAUCUGAAUAUACACCGGACACAAUUAUUUCAGUUAAAACAUUGAAUAUUAAUUGUGAAGAGUUGUCCGGGUGCUAGCAUGAAUAAUCCGUAUCGAGCAAGAAUCGGUAGACAGCGAGUAGAUCACUCUGCAACUGCAGCAGUCCCAAAUUAUGGAGCCAGAAAUCAGAAUUCUUGGCCUGGGAUGACUGGCAACCAGAGUCAGCCAGUUAUUGGGGGAGCUAAUCAAACAAAUAACGUCGAUAACGACUCUUGGGACUGGAACACAGACAAAGCUGACAAUAACAAUGAUUCUUGGAACUGGAAUAUCGAUCAAUCUGCAGAGCAGACUCAGUUGCACCCUCAACAGCAGCAGCAACAGCAGCCACCACCUGCCCACGGGUCUAAUUAUACAACUAUGAGACCGGCUCAUCAGAAUUUGCCUCAAGACAAUUCAAAUUAUUACACCAACAUUAAUGGAAACAGACAAGUUUUAGCAGGCCAACAUCAAUUGCAGUCAACACAAACUGGAAAUUUACCACCAACUAGAGAAUCAACGCCCAGUCAUUCGGAUUCUUACGCUCAGUUUCCGAAUUUUCCAGCAAAUCAGAGCCAACAAACGCCACCGAGAACUAGCUCGACUAACUCUAGUGUUAGUGACACUCAAAAUCAGGCUCAGUGGCAAACAAACCAGCAGGUGAUUUUUAAUCCUUACGCUCCUCCCAGAGCAUCAUCAUUCGAAGCGACCAAUCAGCAGCAAGCUCAGCAGUUCAAUCCAAAUGCUUACAAUUGGAAUGGCGUAGAGCCGUCUGGAGGUCAGAGUUGGCCGAGUCAAACUACUGAGCCGUUCUGGCAUGAUCAAAACUCCAAUAAACGAGAAGAUUAUCAUGCUGAAUUUGAUAAAAGUAAGCAGCAGGUGCAGGUGCAAGAGCAAUUUAACAAAUCACCACCUCAGAAUCCGGUAAAAGAAAUUCCUGGUCAGUGGCAGGCUGAUAAUCAUGACAAUAAUCAACUGAAAGCACAUAGCCAGGAACCAGUUGCGCCUAAUCAGUGGCGUGAAGAUGCUCAUGAUAGAAGAGUUGAACCUCAAGAUCAAUUUAUCCCAAACCAUCCACGUCAGCCGGAUAAUUUCAACCAAUCGUGGUCGCCGGUUAGUCUUCAGUCAAAUACCAACGUGAAACCCGAAGUGGAUAAAAAAUUGUUGGAUGUUAAUUUGGAUAAUAAUUAUUCUACUCCAACAAGCUUACAAAAUACAGUUGUAGAUCCACGCUCCGAAGAACAAAAUGUUCCUGUUUUCACCUCAAGCCAAACUCCAGUUCUUGAUACUACAAGCAAUUUAUUUACUGGAAUCGAGACUAAAAUUAAUGACAAAGUAGAUCGUCGGAAUAUCGACUUGGUUAAAAAUGACAAUACUAUGAGCGACAUAACGACCAAUGUUAAGCAAUUAAAUAUUGAAGAUAAAGAUUCACAUUCUCAGCACUCAUUUGAAAGCCACCCAUCGCUGUUUCCUGUUCAUUCAAUGGCUCAGCCAGUAGAACAGUGGCCUAAUCAGUCGAUCCAAUCAAUAAACAAACCUCCGGAACCGUCAACUCUGUCUAGUCAGCAUAUUGCUCAAACAGCAGACCACUAUACACCUGUUUCAUUUGCAUCUUCUGAAAGCAGACAUCAAACUUAUGAUCCCACUAGCCCACCAAGUAUUCAAUCUCACGACGUCUCUCCCCAACAGCCAACGAUUCAGUCGCAUGAGUACGCAGUACCUCUAACUUCUGCUCAGUCGUCUUAUUACUACCAAGAAUCGUUUACUAGCCACCAAACGACACCUGUAAUAAACACACCUGAAGCUUCUGGAUCACCAAGUUUGCCACUUCAAAAACCUCCGUACAAUCCUUUAGAAAAUACCAUGCCUUAUCCAGUAAACACUGAAAGUGUACAAGUGCCUAGUGAAGUACCUAAACAAAUGAAUCUUCCUCCUGCUGGUGAAGUUAGAGGUGUACCAACGACUAAAGCUGGCUAUGAUCAAUGGUACAAUCAGAAGACAAGUCCACCGCAGAAUGUCAGGUAUCCAGUCGCUGAAAGAAGUGCUCCUAUGCAGCAGCAAAAAACUUGGAUGCCUACAGAGCCAGUGGAUAAUUACGAAGUUUCUAAAUCAAGUGAAUUUAUUAAUGAUGUUAAGUCUUCAGUGACUGAAUCUGAGUCUCAUGAGCGACAGAAUUCCGUUAAAGAAUCAAGGGAAGAAGAUAAAAGUUUAAUUGUUACCGAGCCUACUAUUAAAAAUUUAAUGGAGCAAUCUGCUCACCCUGCAAAUCAGCAAGUUAAUUCUGUUCAGCAAAUCCAACCAGUAAAUCAACAAAUUCAGCCAAUUAAUCAGCUAAUUCAGUCUCAGCAUGAGCAAGAAAAUUAUGAGUUUGCAUCUAAUGACAGAAACACAUUCCUCGAAACUGGUGAGCUGACAGAUUUGCAUCACGAUCAAGGUGUACCAUCAUCUAAUCACGAUGAAGAAAACGAUGAAGUGCCUGGUGAUAUUCCGUUCUUACGAGAAGUACCGGGUCAAUCAAGCUACGGUGAUCCGCGACGUAACGACCCUACUGGUCAAGAGCAAUACGUACAGUCUACCCGUAAUUUAGAUUCCAGAAGAAACCCUCCAGAGCCGGUUCUAAACACUCAGCCUCGUUCUAUCGCCAUAGCACCAUCCGAUCGUACAGAGCGCCGUGACGUUCCUUCUGGCCAAGAGAGACGAGAAAGCAGACUACUGUCUCGCGAUACAGAGACACCUGAGCGUAGAAACGAUCCUUCGGGAAGAGAAAGAUCAUUUCCGCCUUCGCAGUCACGCAAUGACCCCUCAGGCGAGGAGAGAAUUCAGUCUCAAAGUCAAAUUAAUCUGGAGCCUGCUGAAGUGCGUCAAGUACCUGGUAGCGGAACUAAUUCCGUAGAGCCUCCGCCUUCAGCUGAAGUAGUACGUCAAAUAACUGGCGGUGUGUCCCGUAAUGAGCCGGUUAUUCCAGAAGACAGCAAUGCCAGAAUUGUAACGGGAUCCCAGCAAGUUUUACCAGCAGCCAGUGUGAUGCAAGACCUCCCGUCAAACGAGACUAGAAACAAACGCGAAGAAGCCGUUGGUGCGUCAAUUGAAAAUCCUCCGGCUGUUACUGCUUCUCCAAAACGUCGCGAUUCUUAUCAAGACGGAGAUGAUGAAGAAUCUGGAAACAGUCGCGAUGAUAACCGCGAGAGACGUCGGGAGCCCAGUCCUACUGACAGGCGUCGUUAUGAUUACGAUCCUAAAGGCGACAGGAGUUACUACGAUCGCGAUAGAGAGUAUGAUGAUGUUUAUUACUACGAUAGAAGGCGUGGUCAUGAUUUCGAACGGCCUUACAAUUCAAGGGAAGACUUGGAUCGACGUGAUGCGUCGUUCAGAGAAAGUGAUCGCCGUCAUCUGAGCCGUGAUGACCUGGACGAUCGCAGGAGGCUCAAGGAUGAUGAUAGAAGGGGUCAUAGGAGCGAGGUUGAUCCCAGACAUCGCGAUACCAGAGACUAUGAACCACCGAGGUAUCCCAGAGAUAGGGAUUAUGAUCGCAGGAGAGAUGACCGACAUAGAUAUUAUGGUGAAUAUGAUCCCAGAGAUCCUAGAGAUCCUAGGCGUGAAUUCUAUGAUGAUCCGUAUACUCGCAGCUCUAGACCUUCCAGUAGGUCUUCUUACAAUGACCGAGAACGCGAUUUCUACGGACGGAGAGACCCGUACUAUGGAUACAAUGGCUACAAUACUUAUGAUUUUGGAACUAAUUACAAUAAUAAUUAUUACGCGUACUUAGAAAAUUUACGAAGGACUAAUCCUACUGCUUAUAUGGAGUGGUACAAUAAAUAUUAUGGAAACCAACAACAUAAUAUCAGUACUGUCGGUCGGGUUCCGAGUUAUCCUGAGGACCGAGCUAGUGUUCAUUCGGGAAGAAGUUCCUGUGAUGACAGGACAAACAGUGGAAAACAUACAAUUGGAGAUAUUUCUUUAUUGGAGGAUUCAAGAAUUGUAUCACGACUUACUCCAACUAAAUUUUCAACAUCUCACGUUCAAGGUUCAUUUUCAAUUGGUUCAUUGGUGCAAGUUCAUGCAAGUUAUCCUGCAGAUGGAGAACGUGCUAGAGUUGAUAUUGUUCAAGUAGACAGUUUGUUAAUGCAUGAUCCAAUUACUCGGGAAAUUCGUGCUUAUCCGGGACCAUUGGUCAAGGGUGUUACACACAAGAAGACGAUUAUAGAGUACUGUGAAGCCAAAAUAAAAAAAGCAGCUGUAAACGAUGAACUUAUUGACCAUGCCUCUUAUAUUUUGCUGUACCAGCUGAUGAUUAUGCUUAUUCAGCAGAACGGUAACGUUGUUGGUGUGGAUAUUGCUACGCUCUUGUUGAAAAACAAAGAAAUUUAUCCUUACGACGCGCAUAAAACAAACCACAAACCAAUACGCCGUGAAUCAACAAUUUCACAGCGGUCUGGUGGCGCAGGACGAGAAGGAUCAGUGCAUGAAGAAGUGGCGCAAGAAAUAGAAGAAGUAAAACCAAUGAAGACUGUCGAGCAGAUAACAAAUGAAUUUAGAAACACUUUGCUGUGUGGUCUAGUUCAAGAAGCUUUGGAGUACGCGAUGACUGAAGGUCUGUGGGGUCAUGCACUGUUCCUCGCGAGUAAACUAGACAAACGUACACAUGCAUCUGUCAUGACCCGCUUCGCCAAUAGUUUACCGGUUCAAGAUCCUCUUCAGACUUUGUACCAACUUCACUCGGGUCGAGUACCAGCGAGUGUAACUUGUGUGGCUGACAGUAAGUGGGACGACUGGCGCCCACACUUGGCCAUGAUUAUAUCAAACACAUCAGCUAAUCCGGAAAUAAAUCGCCGUGCGAUAUCAACUCUCGGUGAUACACUUACAGCGCGUGGUGAUAUUCAUGGCGCGCAUUUCUGUUACAUACUAGCGCAAAUUGAUUUUGGAAUUUAUGCAACACCUGGUGUUAAGCUCGUGUUAAUUGGGUCAAAUCACCACAAAUCUUACGCUGAAUUUGCCACUCUCGAAGCGGUAAUGCUCACGGAAAUUUACGAGUAUGCACGGAAUUUAAGCGAGCCAGGUUUUACAAUCAUAGGACUGCAAACAUUUAAAUUUGAAAUUGCUCAAAAAAUGGUUGACUAUGGGCUGAUUGAAAAAGCAUUGCUCUAUCUAGAACAAAUAGCAAUUAACAUUGUGCAAGAGCCUUCAAAAUACAAGGCAUCGUUCAUCCAAAAUGUUUACACAUUGAGCGAGAGGAUAAAAUUCCAUGAUCCAGUUUUCAAAGACUGCAUUGAAGACGUCGCUACGCUGGCUUGGCUCAAUAAUUUGAGUGAUAUUGUGGGUCGUUGCCAGACAGGCGAAAUUGUUCAAGAAUCAAAUUUUACCGCUCGCACAGAUGCGCCGAGUGUCAUGCAGGAUCACGAGCAGCGUGACACUCAGCAAUGGAAUUAUCAGCAGGAUUAUUCAAACGCUCCGGUCUCUAUGAUGGAGGUUCCUACUGUUGAUACUAAUCAAGACACAUGGCAACCUAUGUCUCUCCCUAAUACCUUGCAAGAGCCUUAUGUUACUGAGCAAAAUAUUCAGUAUGGACAGAAUGUCGAUGGCAAUCAGUAUCAUCAGCAGCAGCAGCAGCAGCAACAGCAGCAGCAGCAACAGCAGCAGGAACAACCGCAAGAAUAUUGGAAUCAGCAGACUUACAAUCAAAAUUAUUCGAGGGAUUAUAACUCUGAUUGGCAACAACCGUCCAAUCAAAUGCAGUAUCACGGUGAACAAAAUGAUGUUGAUUCUGCUCAAGUUCCUGGAUGGAAUUACGAGUCUGAUAAGGAGGAAAAACCACCAACACCUGAAUCGCAGCCCCAGCCGCAGAUUUCUAUGAGUCCGUCGACUAAGCAGUACGAUCCUUUGGAGGAACUGGACACCCUGGACCCGAGUGACCACGGAAAAUCCACUGGUGAUAAUAAGAAGCAAGACAAGCAGCCGGAGAAAAAGAAUCCGAAUUCUGGCGGGUCCUGGUUCGGAGGACUCUUCAGUAAACUUACGCCUAAGCCCAAAAAUCAGAUGAUCUUGCCGGAUGAUAGCAAUCCGACGAUUGUCUGGGACCCAGUUGCCAAAAAGUGGAGUAACAAAGACGAGGAUGGAGAUAGCGGCUCCUCCCGGUUGGCUCCACCGCCAAGAAUGACAGAGAUGAAUUUAUCUACGCCAGCUGUCGAACAAAGUCAAAAACCACCACCAAUUCCUGAACAAACUAACUCUUCUCAUCAAAGUCAGCGUAGCUUAGAUAAUUCGACCCCCAAUUCAUCGAAAAUGAUCACCGGAAGCAACAAUAUGUUCAAGUUACAAAAGUCUAGAAGCAUGCGUGCUAAUUAUAUUGAUGUAAUGAAUCUUGGAGGAGUUAAGAGCAAUGGACCACCGUCUAAUCUUCCGACACCUGCGAAUUCGCCUAUGAUGCCUAUGGCUGCUUCGUCGCCUCAACUUUUUGUCCCAGCACCAGUAAAUGAUCCAAAUGCACCAGUAGAUUUUUUAACGCCAGCCCCGGCCCCAAUUCCUCAAAAUGAAUCAGCGAGCCAAGGUCUCUCUCGGUGGAGCUCGACUAGCUCAUUAUCUCGCGAGGUACAGAGCUACACAAUGAGGGAUCCGCGUCUUCAGCAACGGAUCAAGGGACCAAUGAUGUACAAUCCGGCAAACGUAACAGAUAACUCGGCGAUGAGUGUCCCGAAAAAUAGAUACCCAAGACGAUAAAAAAUAGGAAAAUAAAUAAAAUUUUAAUACAAGGUUUUUGUUAAUGGUAUAUUAUAUUAUAGAUAAUUAUUGAGUAGUUAAAUUUAAAUUACAAUGGCAAAGAAGAGGAAGAAGAAAUAUUUAGUGUCGUUGAAUUUAUAAAAGUUAUUUCUUCAACUGGUGAUUGGAGUUUAAUACUAAUAAGCAUACAAAAAAUUAUUAAUAUAUUUAUAUAACUACAGAAUAUUUAUAAUUUUUUGUAUCACACUUACAGUAUAGAUUUUUUUGUAACAACGCCAAGAAUUUAUAUAUUAUCCAGUGUAAUUGAGAGUUGAUAAAUAAUUCAAAGUCUGAUUUUAUAAUCUUGCGCAGAAUCGCCAUCGUGUUUGUUGUAGAAAAUAUUGAUGUUUGUUAAUUAAUUAUUCAAGUCUUUGAGCAACUCAUUCUACUUAAUAGUAGAUUAAUUUUAUUGCAUGUCAUUGUCAUCGAAUUAAUAUGCAUUUUUGUUUAUUUUUGGAAGAUGCUCAA